AUGCCUACACAUACAUUUUCUAGUGAUACCGUGGCCAACCCAAGAGGGAAAUGCAAGGCCAUCACACUAAGAAGUUGGAAGGUAGUGGAGGAGACCUCCUCAAACCACAACUUGCAAGAAAAAAAAGCUGUAGAUGACUCAGAAACCAAGGAGGAAGAAGAGGCACCUGAUCCAGCUCCACCAAAGCAAGUCUUGAAGCCCUAUGUACCAAAAGCACCCUACCCACAAAGGUUGAGAAAAGAUGGGAAAGACAGCCAGUUUUCUAGAUUCUUGGAGAUCUUUAAGAAGCUUCAAAUUAACAUACCUUUUGCUGAAGCAUUAGAGAAAAUGCCACUCUAUGCCAAGUUUCUAAAGGAGCUCAUGACAAGGAAGAAAAACUGGGGAGAAAUGGAAACUGUGGUGCUCACGGAGGAAUCCAUGAUGAAAAGAAUGAGAAUUGAAGAGGCCAAACCAACAAGAAUAGCACUUCAAUUAGCUGAUAGAACAUUUAAGUUUUCUCAUAGGGUGGUGGAGGACUUGUUGGUCAAGGUGGGAGAGUUCAUCUUCCCAGCUGAUUUUGUAGUACUUGAUAUGGAGGAAGAGGCUAACACAUCAAUCAUACUAGGAAGACCAUUCCUAGCUACAGUUGGAGCCAUAAUUGAUGUGCAAAAGGGAGAGUUAGUCCUGAGAUUGCAUGAGGAGAAGAUGGUAUUCAUGUCUUCAAAGCAAUGA